GAGGGAGGGUGAAGAGAGAGAAAAUGAGGAGAGAGAGAGCCUGAGCACUGUGUUCUAUUUUAUUUUUGGUAUUUUCCCGAAGUUGCAGAGAUUGAGCGAUAAAUGGCGAAAAUUGUGAAGAAUCGAGUCGAUACGUGUUGGUCGAGACUCAGGCAAGCAUUUCGCCCAUGCCUUUCCUCUUUCUAGACCGGCCGUUUCGCUUCUGCGUUAACCUAAUGAAAAGCAUCUCUCUUUGUUGAAACCCUAACGCGAAAGAAGUUUUUGCCGGAGCUUCAAGUUAUUCUUGUCCUGAAAUUACAGUCUUGUUGGUUCCCUAGUCACUGUUUAGGAUUAAAGAUUUGGCGGGGCUCCUUUUUGCAGGCUUUUACUUAUAGUUUUGGAGAUCGGGUUAGAGUUUAGGGAUUCUGUUUCAGGAUGAGGGAUUUGGCUAGAAAUGUGGAGGAUCGGCCUGAAACUUUUGCGGAAUUUUUGGUAAUUUAAGUUAGUGGCGAAGAGAAAUGGUGAUGUUUUGUGAAUGCUCCUAGGAGGAGGGCUUUUUGUUUCAAUGUCCACUUGUUUUCGGCUCUGUGUGAUUUGUGGAGACGAUAGUUCUGUAUUAAUUAGGCCCGUUGCAUGAGUUUAUCUCUGUUUUCCUCUUGUACUCUGAAUCUACCUUGUAUUGAGUUCCUUCAAUGGUUUUGAAGCCCUAGUUUCUUGUUCGAAUUCUCUAUAAACGUUUUGUUUUCCCAUCGGUUAGGGUUUUGUCUCCUUUAAGGGAGCGGCAUAUGUGUGGAGAUCAUGCCGCUUGUCUGAAUUCCCCUUCUCUGUUGUUCCUUCCUCGUUGCUCUCGUGUUCCACUAUCAUUUUACCUAGUUCCUUACCCAGAUACUCUGAGAUGAAAGUGAAACCCUAGGUCUUAAAAGCCUCUUAAGCGUUUUGUUUCUGUAAGGGUUAGAGUAAUGUGUAAAGAUCAUGCUUGUUACCUGACUUUCCCCUUUCAUUUGUUGUAUUGUAGUAAUAUCCAUGUUCAAGUUACAUUUUGUGGAGUUCUGCCUGAGAUUUUACUUGUACGGUCGUAUAGGUUCAUUGGAUGGAACUGAAACUGUAGAACUGUAGUUAUUAGACUUUCUUUAAGCAAAAGUUACUCGGAGAACUACUAAAGAUCCAGAAAUCAAUGCCGUUUCCUAUGAAGAUCCAGCCUAUCGAUUCCUGUGGUUCUAUGGGAUUGGUCAGGCCUGAACCUGUAACAAAGCCUGUUGUAAAAUCAAGGCUUAAGAGGCUUUUUGAGCGCCAAUUUCCUGGUGUUCUUUGGGGUUCUAAUGUAGAAAAGCAGGGAGAUCAGCAGCAUCAUGAGCAAGAAGAAGGUUCUGGUUCUUUUAUCACAAAGGUGAUUAAGAACAGAGAAAACCGAGAGGUAGGGCAUGAGGAAACAGAGCCGAGCUCUGUUUGUUUGGCGAAAAUGGUGCAAAACUUUAUGGAGGAGAAUGAGAAGCCAGGUCGCUCUAGGUGCAACUGCUUCAAUGGAAAUUGCAGGGAUGAUUCCGAUGAUGAGUUUGACGAUGAACCCUCUGCUUCAUCUCUCUUAUCGAGCGAGCGAUACGAGACUCUCAAGAGCCUGGUGGUUUGUGCUAGCGUAGUAGAGAAGAACCUUUUGGCUGAUACCUCAAAGAUUAUAGAGAGCCUGAACCAGGCUAAGAACAACAGCUAUAUCUGCUGUAGUAAAGAAGACUGCACCAACUCUUGCCUGAAGAGCACAGUCGCAAGCAAGCUUCAAGCCCUAGGUUAUGACGCUUGUGUGUGUAAAUCUAUAUGGCAUAAAUCCUCCUCUCACCCAGCAGGGGAAUAUGAGUACAUAGACGUAGUUACACAAGGGGUCGGCCCAAACCCUAAACCCGACCGCCUCAUCGUAGACAUAGACUUCAAAUCCGAGUUUGAGAUUGCACGAUCAACCCGUCACUAUGGGGCUGUCCUGCAAUCCCUGCCGUCCAUCUUCGUGGGCCGCCCGGAUCGCCUCCACCAGAUCGUUGCCAUAGUCUCUGAAGCCGCAAAGCAAUCCCUGAAAAAGAAGGGCCUCCACGUCCCUCCAUGGAGAAAACCAGAUUACAUGCGCGCUAAAUGGCUUUCCCCUUACCUCAGAAGCCCUCAAGACGAGGGUUCAUCGGGCUCAUGUGUUGCUGAAACAUUCCCAGACUCUGUAAUGGUCGCCAUUAAACCUGGCUCUACAGGAUGGGGUUCUGGAUUUUCAGGCGACUUUGAGUUUGAGCUCGUGGGUUCUCAGAAGAGUGAGGGGAAAAAUGAUGAGAGAGAUAGUGGGGGCGUUCCAGUGAGUGGAAGUUCAGGGAAAGAAGAAGAGGGGCAGAUUAAGGUGGUGGUUACAGAGUGGCAGCCGCCCGCUCUGAAGCCCAAGGCGUCUUUGCGGGGGAAGAAUCUCGUUACUGGUUUGGCUUCUGUUCUCAGAGAUGACAACCCUAAAUCCUAGUUUCUCUCUCUGCCCCCUUCUCUCUAAAUACAACAUAAAAGCCCCAAAAUUCCAAACAACCCUCUCUCUCUCUAGAAGCAAACCCCAAAUCCUGAUUCUCUCCUGGGAUUCCUCUUUUUGUCUAUAGAGACUCUUCUCUGCGCUCUUUUUCUCGCCCCACGAACUCAGAGAGGCGAUUGACAUUUUUCUUUUCUUUUUCUUUUCUUUCUUUUUUUUUUUUUUUUUUUUUUUUUUUUUUGGGAUUGGGGCUCGAAGGAAAGAGUAGCGAUCCUCGGCCCAUUCCAAGAGAGAAAAUUAAAGUCCUUUCCAAUAACACUUUCAGUUUUCUAAUAUCCACCGCUUCCCCCUCCAUUCUCUUUUAAAAUUUCUCUUCCCCCAUCCAUCUCUAUAAAACCCCCAUCUAUCUCCAUAAAAAAAUUGUCAUUUUUCUAGGUUUUUCUCUAUACUCGGGAGUCUUAAUGUCGGAUUAACGACUUUUUUUUUUGUUUUUUCUGUUCCCUCUUCCUCUGCUUUCGUUUCCUUUUUUACCAGAGAAGCAGGAGAUUUUGGAUUAUGUAAGAAUCGUGUUAAUUAUAUAAUUACUUUACGGGAGUUAUUAGCCCCCAUUAAAUAAAACUGCCAGUUUCUGAGCC